AUGGACGGACUCGUUUGCAUUAUAACAGGCGCAAAUUCGCUGAGUGGUAUUGGACGAGCUACAGCGUUCGCGUUUGCUAAAAAGAAGGCCCGUGCCAUUUAUGUUACAGAUAUCAAUGGUGACCAUCUUGUUCCGCUCGCUGAAGAAAUAACAAGCACAACAGGUGUCGAGUGUAUACCUAAAUGCAUGGAUGCAGCAGCUGACAAAGAUAUUCAGAAUGUCAUUGCAGAUGCCUUGGGUACUUUUGGUAGGUUGGAUGUAUUUUUUGCCAAUGCUGGCGUGGCCGGCCGGCAUCCUAUGGCUACUGAAACAUCGGAGGCGUUUUUAAACAUGAUGCGAGUGAAUGCUUGGAGUGUGUAUGCUGCUAUUAAGUAUGCUUCAGUGGCAAUGGAAAAGACGUCGACUGAGAAAACAAAGAGUGGUGGAUCGAUUAUAGCAACUGCAUCAGUAGUUGCUGGUGUACGCUCCGGUGCUGGUCCCAUGUCGUAUUCUGCUUCAAAGGCUGCAGUGAUCAAUAUAUGUCAGUCUGCCGCUUGGAGGCUUCAUGGGAAAAACAUACGGGUGAAUGCCAUCUGUCGUGGCUUGAUUAAAACUGAAAUGACCAAGAAAGUGUUGGAAGCUGUCAGCAGUAAUGAGUUAUUAGUGAAUUUAAUGAAGCGCAAUAGUGCUCUUGAAAGAUAUGGUGAACCAGACGAGAUUGCAUCUAUAGUAGCUUAUCUAGCGAGUCGCGAAGCAUCUUUCAUCACUGGACAGGAUAUCAAAGUCGAUGGCGGGCUAACUGCAGCGUUACCUUACUGUCCACUGUUUGCCGAUGAAUAG